AUGCCGUUCGCCGACACAAGUAUAGAUUACUGCGGUCCUAUAACAAUUCGGACAUGGAAGGGACGCGGUGCUAAAAUGCAUAAGGCCUAUAUUGCGCUAUUUGUUUGCAUGUCAACGAAGGCUCUGCAUCUCGAAGCAGUGACCGAAUUGUCCACUGAAGCAUUUAUUGCCACACUACGGAGAUUCGUGUCACGUCGAGGUGUCUGUCGCAACAUUUUCAACGACAACGGCCUCAAUUUUGUUGGUGCAAAUGCAUAUCUACGGAGUAUAUCUAAUUUACACAAUACAGAAGAUUAUAGGCGAGCCGUUGUAAAUGAGUCAUCGACCCUUGGUAUAUCUUGGCAUUUCUCGCCUCCUCAUGCUCCUCAUUUUGGGGGAUUAUGGGAGGCUGGCGUCAAAACUGUCAAAUUCCAUCUUCGUCGCGUGAUGGGCGUAACUUCGUUAACCUUCGAAGAGCUCUCAACAGUAUUGUGUCAAAUAGAGGCCUGUGCGAAUUCUCGGCCAUUAUGUCAACGAUUUGAAGGCGAUAUGGACCCUUUAACACCGGCGCACUUCUUAAUCAUGCGUUCCAUGAAAUGUCUUCCGGAUGAAGGCGAAUCAGUAUCGGCUCUAAACCGGUGGCGUUAUAUGCAAACACUCGUAAGGGGUUUUUGGCGCAAAUGGUCUGAUGAUUAUUUGACUCAAUUACGCAAAAGGCCCAAAUGGAAAAAGGUAAUAACGAACCUUAAGGUUGGAGAUGUAGUCAUAUUAAAGGACGCAAACCUACAGCCUGGCAAAUGGAAAUUGAGUCGCAUUACUCAGCUUUAUCCUGGAAAUGACGGCUUAGUACGCGUGGUAGAGGUUAAAACUGCGAGUGGCACGUAUCGCAGAUCCAUAUCCAAGCUAUGUCCAUUGAUGAUAAACGACGCCUAG